AUGAAUAGGGAUAAAGUGCAGGUGGGCGACAUCUCCAUCGAUCCACCUGCGACUGGCGUGGCUGCCCAAACGGCUGUAAUCGUCGUCGCCUCUCCGGAGAACAUGGACAGCCAUGGAGAAAAGCGACUUACUACCAGCGAGUUACCGGUAUUCUCAUGCCCCGCGGGAAGAGAAGCACUUCAAGGGGAAAGUCGAGAUAACUCAGCGCGGCAAGAGCCACCUGCGGUCGCACCACCCACUGUUCAUCGGACCACCUCUUUUUCGGUUCUAGAUAUUUUGGACCCAAAUAAGUUUACAAGUAAGAGGCAGCCUCCAAACCGGACAGGCUGUGACUUCGCUUUUGGCACAGAAAACAGAGGAGGCGAAGAUUCAAAUCAUGCAGCGGAUCAGAAAUCUUAUCCUGAAGACUACAACUGUAAGAAAUCGUCCGGAAUAUUAAAGGACGGUUUCGUAUUCAGAUCUGCAGAUGAAAAUGAUUUCUCCCGAGGGAAUCACACCGACAACGAGAUUCAAGACGAUUUGUGUAGUGAGGAGAGUAGCAGUGCCCUUACUGGAAAUGCCGAUGUUGAGUUCGGACAGAACGAGGAUGACGAGUCGAUCAUGAAAUGUCCCAGUCCUGGUGGCCAGCAGACUCAACAGUCCUCUUCAAAUGGACAGAAUCACCAAGUAAAACCGAAACGAAAGCGAUCUGGAUCGGACUCAAAGUCCGGAAAGCCAAGAAGAGCUCGGACUGCUUUCACAUAUGAACAGCUAGUGGCGCUGGAAAACAAAUUCAAAUCCACGCGCUACCUUUCUGUUUGCGAGAGACUCAAUUUAGCUUUAUCGUUAAGUUUAACAGAGACACAAGUCAAAAUCUGGUUUCAGAACCGUCGGACCAAGUGGAAGAAACAAAACCCAGGCGCAGACACAAGUGCCCCAACAGGCGGCAGUGGUGGAGGAGGUCCAAAUGGCCCAAGUAACGGCCUGGGUAACCUCAGUCCACUGAGUCCAUCUCCACCUAUGAGUGGCCAUCUGCCAAUGCACGCGGGCUAUCCAGGUCAUACGCCUGGCGGACUAGUAUGCACCACCCAAUUACCUUUUCUGCCAAGUCAUGCAGUACUGUCACCUUUCAUGUUGAGCUCUCAGAGCUACGGAGCGCCAGCCUUUUACACACCACACCUGUAA